CACCGCGGUCGGUUGCAAGUGGGCCGGGUUGCGAGUGUGGCUACCUACUAUGUCUGGCGUUUUUUGAUACAACCUGAAUAACAGGCUGAAGAACCGAUCUCUCCCAUUCUAUGCAGCCUCACCGUUUUCAUUGGAAAAGUACAGAUUCAGCCAGCUAAAGAAAGCGGAGAAAAAAAUAGCACGCUAGCUAGCAAACUCGCUAGUUAGGCACUGUUUUUGCUUCGCUGUUUUACUCCAUCAAGAGGCGCCAGUUAGCUGGCUAGCUGUCUAGCUUGCUAGUUGGACGUUUCUUUUUGUUGCCGGGGCGAGCCUUCGAGCUGAUCGUCGUGCCAGUCUUAAAAUAUACACUCGAAGGAAGGAGACAUGUCGGGAUUUCUCGAAGAUCCGUCGGUCCUUACAAAGGAUAAGCUAAAGAGUGAGCUGUUGGCGAACAACGUGACUUUGCCGAGCGGCGACCAAAGGAAAGACGUCUAUGUGCAGCUUUACCUGAAGACUCUGACCGUGCAGAACAAGAAGAAAGCCCCUCCGGACACUUUCUCCAGCGACGAAGAGCUGCCUCCACCCGUGAUCACGAAUAAAAGUCGCUCAGGAAGGAAAGCCACGAGGAAGACGGACAAGCCCCGGGCGGAUGAAGUGGACGUAGCCGAUCUCUCCGACGAAGCGCUGAAGGAGCAGCUGCUGAAGUAUGGAGUCACAGUGGGACCCAUUGUGGCCUCUACCCGCAAACUGUACGAGAAGAAGCUGCAGAAGCUGUUGGAACAGGGGCCCCCAGAGGCCCUGCCCCCUCCAGCAGCCCCCUCGAAGAUUGACAGCAACCAGAACGGCAACACAGACUCCGACCAGUACAGUGACAAGGAGGAAGAGGAGAGAGCAGUACCAGAGCCAGAACCGGAACCAGAACCAGAACCAGAGCCCGAGCCAGUUCCUGUGGUGGAGAAGCCUGUCAGAAGCAGAGGGAAGACUCCAGUCAACCGCUCACGCAGACUGGACCAGAACCGAGUGGAGGAGAAGCUCAUGGCAGGUGAUCAGCCCUCCAAGGUAGAAGACAAGGACCUUCUGAAGGAGCUGUUCCCCAAUGAGCCCAACACUCCCACAGGCAUCAGCGCCACCUGCCGGCGGCCGAUCCGAGGCGCGGCGGGCCGCCCGCUGAGGGCGAGCGACUUCUGGGUGGACGAGUCACGCCUGCGUACGAGCGAGCGCAUCGAGAGCAGCUCCUCCUACAGCGAGAGCCGCACAGUGCUGCGGUCAGCCGCCCCCGUCGCCUCCGCCGCCGCCCCCAUCUCUUCCUCCUCAGCGGCGGUGGCGGCUCCCUCUGGUGGCCCGAAGCGGGCGCGGCGCUCCCUGCCCGUGUGGCUGCAGCUGCUGCUGCUCAGCGCCGUGGCCGGCUUCCUCUUCUUCGUCUACCAGGCCAUGGAGACCAACGAGAUCAACCCCUUCAGAGGCUCCCUGGGCUCAGAAGCCACGCCCGACAGCAGCGCCGGCGCCAGCCAGUAAGGAGCCCCGGCUCCCCUAACCCCGCCCCCGUCCCGCCCUGCCAACACCUCUCUCCUCCAUUUUCCACCAACGUCCAAUGAACUGACUUGGUCUAUUCUCUGCCAUUCAGACAUGUAUUCACUAACUCUUAUUUCUUUCUGUGGGACUGAUUCUGUGGGACUCCUGCUUUAGUUGAAUCUUGCCACUUUUCCUCUUUUAGCAAGGUCUAAGUCAUAUCUCCAGCUCUUCUCCUCCUCCUCUGUCCUGUCUUCUUCCUCUCCAUCUCCCCGCUAUCCCUCUGUCCUCCCAGUGUCUGAGUUACAAUCCGCCCCUCACUUGCUCCUCUGUGGGUGGGGGUGCACCUCACCCCCCUCUGCCGCCC